GCCGGGUGCACGCGUUCGGUUCCUCCGUCCUGUAUCUGACCGUCUACACAACUGCCCCUUGCCUGUUCCCAACGGGAGUGACAUGAGCGUCCCUGGGCCGUCGCCCCCGGACGGGGUCCUGACAGGGCCGCCCGACUGCCUGAGAGCCGGGGAGCCUAUGCCGGGUUUAAGUGACACUUCUCCAGAUGAAGGGUUGGUAGAGGACCUGACUGUAGAAGACAAAGCUGUGGAGCAACUGGCAGAAGGGCUGCUUUCUCACUACCUGCCAGAUCUGCAGAGAUCCAAACAAGCCCUCCAGGAACUCACACAGAACCAAGUUGUAUUAUUAGACACACUGGAACAAGAGAUUUCAAAAUUUAAAGAAUGUCAUUCCAUGUUGGAUAUUAAUGCUUUGUUCACUGAAGCUAAAUACUAUCAUGCCAAGUUGGUGAAUAUAAGAAAAGAGAUGCUGAUGCUUCAUGAAAAGACAUCAAAGUUAAAAAAAAGAGCACUUAAGCUGCAGCAGAAGAGGCAGAAAGAAGAGCUGGAAAGGGAGCAGCAACGAGAGAAGGAAUUUGAAAGAGAAAAGCAGUUAACUGCCAAACCAGCUAAAAGGACGUGAAGAGUUGAACAUGUUUGUGUGUGUUUCCUUCCCCUGUCCCACAUUCUUUGGAUGUAAGAUGACCUAAGUGGUGACUGAAGUUAAGAUAGUGCCUUAUACCAUUGUGUCACAUUUUGAAAUCCUUUUCCCAGGAGGACUGUGUCUCCAUAUCUUCAUUUCAGCCUUUUAAGAAGCUUUUUUCUAAGUAGAAGACAUGAUGUCUCUUGGUUUGGAUAUUUAUAUGUAAUUUUUUCAACUUCUGUUUUGCUUAAUUUUAAAAUCCGUUAUUUUGGUUUUGGAUCAUUUAUAAACUGGAAAAUGGCUUGAUUGUUUUAAUAGUCUAGACUCGAAGUGGUUAAAAAUUAGUAUGAAUUUUUUAGCUUCCCAAUAAGUGUGGAUUUAAAAGUUUCAGUUUCUUAUUUUAUGAAAUGACUAGCCUUUCUGGCAAUACAUUGCUGUGUUUUGGCAAUUGUCUUUUCAUUGCUUGGUUAAGAUGAAAUGCCAACUGUUUAAUCACAUAUGCCACUGAAAAAGAGGUGGUGUAAGCCCUUGUGAAGAGCGUGAUAGAAAAGUGUAUACCCAGGAAAUGAUAGCCUCUUAGAGGUGGGAUAGGUGAACAAGAUGCCAGAUAGAUUCUGCCAACCAUGUACUGUAUCUGCUUCCCAGCAUUGUUGUUGCUGUUUACUUCUUACGUAGCUUCUGGGUUCAAAGGAGAUAUCUGUUCCUAAGGUUUGGCAGCGGUGGUGGAACUGUCACACACAAAUGCUUGUAUAUUUGUAAUACUUAAUAACAGUUGUUACACAGUGAGAUAUGGUUGUCAAAUUAAUAAGAUAAUGAGCCCAACUUUACAAAUGGGAGGUCUAAUCACAGUUCUGUCUAUCCUCUGAUUCACUAUGUGGCCUUACAUGUUACUUUUUUGUGCUUGUAAAAAAUUCUUAAAAGUAGAAUGAUAUAUACCAACUUUCCAUUUUAUUGAUAAUGACAGGAAUGGUGGAAAAUAAGUAAAUAGCUUCUUCACAAAAGAGGCAGCAUGAUACCUUUAGUGUUUUCUAGAUUUUCCCACCAAUAUUAUAUGUAGAAACUUAUGUGAGAAAUAUUAUGGUUUCGUUGUUUAGUAUUGAGUAUAUUAUUCACUGUUUUAGUAUUAUUUAAUAUCCAACUAGUCUUCAAUCUCUAUUACACAGCGACUGUACAGAACCUGUAAAGGUGUAUGAUUAGAACGUGUAUCUUUUAUAAUCUACAUUAUGUUUUUGGUAAGCUGGCAUCACUACCUCUAAUCGUGUAUCGGGCUAGUUAAUGAUGGAGAGGACAUUAGAUUUAAGUUGAGUGCUAAGAACUGGUCCAUUUAAAGGUUUAAAUAGUUUGUUUGAAAGCCCUUCCUUUCUUUAACGAAUGAAUCUGAUCUCACAGUUCACUUAACUUUGACCUUAUAUUUAAGAAUAAAGAUAUAUUUUACUCAGGAAGACUACGUGUUGUCCUCAAACACUAGCUAAAACUCCUAGGGCAGGAUUCAUUAGGACUUGCAGGACAAUGUCACCUCGAUUGCUGAAUGUACUCGUUUAUAACCUAACAAAGGCUGUGCGUUGUUUCAGAGUGGUUUGUGGACCAACUGCAAUGAUUAUUUAAAAUGCUGGCUCCUGGACACCACUCUCAAUCCACUGAAGCAAAUGUUUGUUUGUUUUGCCUUUUUUUUUUUCUUUUUUUUUUAUAAAAUUUCCUCAAGUGAUUCUGAUAUACCUUAAAAGUUGAGAACCACUGGUCUAGUUGUUUAGGUCAGAGGCUCCCACACUAGGCUGCAUAUCAUUAUCACCUGGGAACUUAAAAAAAAAGCAGACAUUCUGGAAGAUUCUUCCUCAUUAGUUUAGUGGGGAGGGGGCUCAUGUAAAUUUUAAAGAGCUCCACAGAUAAUUCUGAUGCAAAGAACCACCGGUCUAGACUAUCUAGGGAUUUAUAUUUAUGAGGAGUGAAAUAGUUUAAAAGCUAUGUCAUAACUCUUAGGAUAAAUCUUAUGAAAUAAAUUCUGAACUGCUGCUUUUGAUAUAAAGUCAGAUUUAAGACUGAAAUAGAUAGCAGGUAGGAAAUAGAGAAUUCUGAUUAAUUAAUUGAACUUUGAUCUGUAUUAAAAUCAUGUUUAUUGAAUGAAUGGCGAGGCACAUAUAUACUUUUAGAAUUGUAUUAUUUAAGUUUUGAAGAUUUUUUAAAAUGUGAAGAAUGUAUGUUAGCAUCUACUAUUUUUAGGUCAGUUGUAAGUCAGAAGUACUGUUACCCUAGUAAUUAAAAUCAAAACUAUAGCUGUAUUUCAGUAGCAUGGAAACAUAUCUUACUGACUAAACCUGAAUGGAACCCUUAUAAUUAGUCUUGGUAUAUUUUUGCACAAAAUAAUAAUUGGUACUUGGGAAGGAUUCUGUUUUUUGGUUGAAAAAAAUUACUUUUGUUUUGAAACUAUAUCACGUAAGUACUGAACUAAAAUGAUAGGAGUUAAUUUUGUAUUUACGUUGCAGUAGGUAUCAUGUAAAUAUGCAGACCUUGAAUGUAAUGUGAAUUGUGUCCGCAGUGAAUUUUUGGGUGGAUACAGUUUGUAAAUAUGCCAAUUAUACACCCUCAUACAUUUGUCUGAUUUUGAGCUUGUAAAAUGAGGGCUACUUUUUACACAUUUAAUAAAAAAAGGUCUCUGAA